UGAACAGUCAUUUCGUAAAACAAAAAAAACGGCAAGAAACGAGAAAAAUUUGCAAAACGGACUGAUGUCGUUGUGGAUUUGGAGCACAGAGCUGCUAAUGGAUAGGAAAAAAGCAAUCUGCUAAUACUGCUGAAAGAUUUCCAGCUAUAAUUUUUCGGAAAAUAUUUGUACAUUGUUAGAAGUAAUUUUUCUUGAAAAUUGAGAAUAUCCAACGCAAAACCGAAGUGAAAGAAACCGGACGGAAACAAAAAGUUGCAGCGCCGCAAUUUUCUGGUUGAUCGAAAAAGGUGAAAUUUAGAUAUGGAGAGUCCUUGUGAAUCCGAAAGCUCCCUAGAUGGAGGUACUAUGCUUCCACCCAGUCCAGUAUCUCGCGAACAAUUACAAAAACGCAUCGAGUCGUUGACACAACAAAAUAAAGUACUCAAGGCUGAACUAGACACAUUUAAAAUCAAAUGCAAAGUGGUGCAGGAAGAAAAUCGUACACUUAAGCAGGCAUCGGUUAUAAUCCAAGCGAAAGCGGAACAGGAAGAGGAGUACAUAUCGAAUACACUUCUAAAGAAAAUUCAAGCCUUAAAAAAAGAAAAAGAGACUUUAGCACAUCAUUACGAACGAGAAGAGGAAUGUUUGACAAACGAUCUAUCCCGCAAGUUAGAUCAGUUAAGACAAGAAAAAUGCAAGUUGGAGCAGACUUUAGAGCAGGAGCAAGAAUGCCUUGUCAACAAGCUAAUGCGUAAAAUUGAGAAACUACAAGCCGAGACCGAUAACAAACAAACUAAUCUAGAACAACUGCGUAGAGAAAUGGUGGAGUUGGAAAAUACAUUAGAACAAGAACAGGAAGCUCUAGUUAACAAACUUUGGAAACGCAUGGACAAGCUCGAGACAGAAAAGCGUUUGUUGCAGAUUAAACUUGACCAGCCAGUUUCAGAUCCUACCACUCCACGUGAUAUAACCAAUGCCAAUGGUGACACUGCCUCUAAUUUAAGCUCUCACAUACAGACAUUGCGUUCAGAGGUGCUUCGAUUGCGUUCUAAUCUUGCUGCUGCACAAAAGGAGGCAACAAAAAAGUUACAACAAUUUGCACAAGAAGAGAAAAGUAUACGCGAAGAAAAUGCGCGUCUGCAGCGUAAAUUGAAACUCGAAGUAGAGCGCCGUGAAGCUCUCUGCCGUCACCUAUCGGAGUCGGAAUCGUCUCUGGAAAUGGACGAGGAGCGAUUCUACAAUGAAAACGUUUUAGGAGCCGCAGGAUCCGCUAGUGGUUUGGGCAGUGUUGCUGCCGUGAAUACUCGUCAACGCACCAUUAGCAGCCCUGUCUCACACAGCCCAUCGAACAGUCGUCCACUCAGUCCUGGCACGGCACAACAGAAUCGCUGUUACGCAUGUGGUCAAAUUGUGAAUCGGCGCGCCAGUGAGCGGUUUAUAAAACCGGCAUUGCCGACACCUAUGUUGGGACUCAAUACGUCGGCUCCUAAUGUUCUUUCUGCUACUUCACUUUUGGGAUCCGCCGGAAGUGGUGGGGGUGCUAGUACUAACCCCGGCUCAUCUGGUGCUCCUUUUAACUCUUCCACUUUAUUCGGAGGCGCUACUGGCGGUCCAAGCUUCUUACAGAAUUUAAACACUGAACGUUUAAACAUUGGAGGGGCUGGCAGUGGGGGUUCGGGCUUGCUCGCUGGCAAUAAUGGCAGUAUCAAUGUGGGAUUAGGCUUGGGAAAUGCUUCUAUGAACAGCAAUUCAGGGACGCUCUCGCAGACUUCCAAUCCAAUGAAUAUUAACAUCAAUAAUUCGUCCAAUACUAGCAAUUCAUCGCUGUCUGCAUUUACACCAACAAACGCAAACACAACAACUUCAUUUGCACAGCCAGCAAGUCCCAUGGACACCUCCGUCUACAAAGAAUAGAUGGCGGUCUUAAUUUUUCUCAAAAAGAAUAUUUUUAUAGAUAAAAAACAAUUGAUCCCAACAUGGCUGAUAUUUUAAUGUGGAGUUGAUUUAAAAUUGACUUAGAUACAUACUAUGGAUUUUUGGAGAGUUCGUUGGAUUUCUGAAAUUUAAUAAACGAAUGGAAAAACAUUUUUGGAAGCAAAAUAAAAAACAAAACAUGAUAAAAACAUGGGAACAAGAUGUAAAAGACGAUCGGUAAAUAACUUUGGAUAGGAUGAAGAUGAAUGCCACACUUCAGAGGUAAUUACAACGAUAUAAACAAACAACUUACCUGUUCGUAAUUAAUUACAAUCAACGCUCACUCACUCACCAAAUAUACCUUCUUAAACAUUCGCUAAAGAAAUGCUAAAUUAGCUUUUAGAAGAAAACAUAUUAAUUUGAAUUUGCUCAAUUUCCGCAACAAUACCAAGGCAUAUAUAAUAUAAUAAGUCCUCAACGAAAAUUUGGAGAAUUAUGCUCUGCGACGAGAGCGAUGCUACAUAGAAUUUUCCGCUUUGACGCCAAUGUUGCUAAGCAAAAUCCAUAUAUUAGCCCUACCAAUACAAUUGUGAAGCUGUAUUUUAUUCGUGUAUCUUUAUUUUUCUUUUGCACACUUAAAUAACCUGCAUCUAUUAUACAUA